CCGGCAGCCUCGGCUCGGCCGGGCCGCGGCGGAGCCUCGGUACGUGACGUGACCAUAGUGCUUAAUCCUGGCAAGGAUAUACCAUGGGCUGUGAGGGGUCUGUCCGGAAAGGUUUGAGACCAUACAUGAACAAAGUGUAAAACAAAAACAAAACAAAAAGAGGCCACUUAAGGACUGCGGCAACUGUUACAUUUUUUUCUUAUUAAACCAGGAGGGAAAAAAAAAAAAAAAAGUCAGUUGUGCUGGGAAGCAGGUGUUAAUGCACUGUGCCAUGGAGGUGGAUCCGGUUAUUAGGGCUGUUUGGGAGAAGUGUGUAAGUAAACACAGUGCUUUCUGGCCUGCCUUUCCGCUGCUCAUCCCACUGCCCCUGGCCGAGGCUGCCUGCUGCAGCCUGCCUAGGGGUGCUUGGUGGCAAGCCGGGCUGCUGGCCAUGUGUAACGCUCUGUAUUGUUAUCAUUCUCUGUUUUUUAGCUACAUUACCAAGGAUGUUUCUUCCAAAAAUUGUUUUUACUCCAAGCUCUAGGCUCCUUAGCUUGUUUCUUUUUUUAACUUAAACAAUUUUGUCAAGCAAAUCACCACCUCCAGUCUUCAGCAGAAUGUGAUAGCUCUGUAGUCACGGGGAUUUUUAAAGAGAUUGAAGCUUUCCUGGGCAGAACACAUCCUAUGGCUUGGACCGUAAAAGGAACUGAUACUCCCUAAGGUUAAGAUUUGGCUAUGGGAGUGCAGUUCCUGCGGAAAGCAUCUGCGUGGGUUAAGAAGCACAAGACCACUUUGUUGGCUGUUUCUUGCAUGGGACUGUUUGGUGCUAACCUUUCCUAUCAUGUAUUUCCUGAGCAGACAUUCAAACUGUUACAUGAGUGCUGGUCAGAUGGGCAGCCAGCUGAGCUUUCCCAGAGGCUCUGUGGUGUCUUUCACGAUGUCCUUCAAGAUACUGGUGUGAAAUCUGCUAGCUCCUAUCGAGCCUUCGCAGCUUCUGGCUUUCACCCAGUGAGUGCUGGAAUCCCAUGGCUGCCUGCAGGCUCUUUGGUGGGCAUCCCUCCUAAUUUUGAUAGCACAGCUGAGGAUAAAAAAGGAAUAGUCAACCACGUUGUUGUGAUCGGUGGCAAGGAAGUAGACUGGGAGAGCAAUGAAGGUGUUGCUUUGAGGAAAGCGCUGACAUUUUCACCUGAAGCUCAGAAGUUUGCUAUUGCUAGGGAAAUUGUGUAUUUGCAAAAUGGCAGCCCUUUAGUAAAUGCAGCUGUGGCUCCAGCUUUCUUAGCUGGUACAUAUUUUGGUGGGAUAGGUAUAAAGAUACUUUUGGGUUUAUAUCCUGGCCCCAUAAUACUUCGAAGCAUCUCUAACCUCGUAAUUGCCACCAGUGGACUACUCUGCUAUUAUGUUUCUCAUGAUGCUGUGACCUAUCACUUAGACUGCAAGGCUGACAGAAAUGCAGCUACCAUUUCCAAAGACUAUGCCAGAGGUGGAGUGGAAUUUUAUGACAAAAUCUUGUCCCGCAAUAGGAUUCUUCGUACUCUGAUGGGCAAACAAGGGGUGAAAGUAUAUGCCCCUAGUGGUAACCUUUUCCCAACGCACUGGUUCAGAAUAAAGUACACCCCAUACACUUACCGAAGAGAUCUGAUUGUUAAUAUUUUAAGAGAGCUCCAGGCACAGGAAGGGAGCGACUGAAUUUUAAACUUGUGAAUUAUGUAUUCUUUUGGAACACUGCUGCACUCUUUUUUCCUCUGUAUCUUCAUUUAUUUUUUGCAUAUAGUUUAGAAGGAGUUAUUGCACAUUCUGUGAAUAAAGAAUUCUCUCUUAAAAUAUUGAAGACUUACUUCAGAAGUCCUCUGUUCUGUGUGCAUCUUAAAUCACAAGACCACUCAGAAAGAGAGCUUCUCAGUUGCUCCUCUGGACGUUCUGUUGCUCUGCUCUGUUUUCCUACUAGUUCCAGCGUGGAAAAUGGAAAAGGUAAUGUCCAACACAGAGUUUUAGCAACAUUAUCAAUUAAAAUGGGAUGUUUGCAUAUUUGCCAUUCCUCCUAUGGUACAACCCAAAGAUGCUUUAAAUACUAUAGGCAGUCUGUAUCACACUGAUAAUAUUAAUUCCAAAGUACAGUGCUUUUGUUCUGUGUAAUGUAACACAUUCCUGUGUUAGGAUUUCCUCAAUCCUAACCUGUAUUAGGUCUUAUGCUGUAGUCAGGCUCUCUCAAUAGGGCAAAUUAGUUGUGCUGCAAUUCAAACUACUAUAGUAUAGUAGUAUGAAUUGCAUAUAUAGUAUAUGUAUUCAUACAGCUACUACUACCAGUAUCUGAGUCAUUUAGUUUAAAUCUAGUCCCAGUCUCUCCACACUGUGCUGUGACUGCAGUGUGUGUAUAUCCUGCAUGGUUCUCAGCAGUGGCAGUAGGCAGCAUGACUAACAUCUGUCAUGGGUUGGUUGUUUUCUUACAAGUAGGAUAUACGUGUUCAGGAGAGGGUUUUAUGUUUGCUUUGGUAGGGUUUUUGUUUUGGAUAAAAAUGCGUGCUGAUGUAUGCCAACUUUCAUGUCAAAGAAGGCAAGGUCAAAGAACUAUGUCAUUUAGUGCAGAAAUUUGUGAGGGCUGCCAUGUGGAGUUGCCAAAGGAGGUCGUUCUCCUGUUCCAGACUAACUGCAAGAGACAAGCUUUGUGCAAGAUCUGUAAUCUUGUGGAAUGGUCUUUAAAGCACUAGCAGUAGACUUACCACAACAGCCUCACCUUGGAGAUUUUAUCUGCUCUCCAAAGUCACAGCUCUCAAACGUUUUAGGUUCUUCUUUUUACUUUUCUAUAAUAGACGUACCACUGGCCUUCCCAGUAACAUCUGAACAGUUUUUCUUUUCUGACCUCUGUUGUCAUGGAAAACUGCUGUAUUGAUUUUGUGUCUUACAGAGGUACUGAGUGUCCUCUCUGCCCUGAUUAUCUCCAUUCUUCAUCUACCAUCAUAAUACUGUUGUGCCUGUGCUCAAAGCAUCACCGAAUUCUGUUUGCCCUUUGAAUCAUAUAGUGAUGAGGUUGAUAUGCUUGCUGCUUGAAGCACUAGUGUUGCUUUACAUCACUAAAGUCGUAUAUAAAAGUUGUUUGGUGUUCUGCUGAAGUAAUCUGUGUCAUAGCUGGUUUUCUGGACCGUCACUUAUCUCUUGCAGUUGAAACACAAAGUGAUGAGAUACCUUUUAGCUGCUUUCUGGCUGUGGGACAUAAGAUUAUUGUUCUUGUGACCUUUGUGAAAGUGUUUGACAAAAUCUUCUAGUCCAUGAAAUAAAAGGAGACUUCUAGCCUGAAGCUUUAAAAGCCUGCAGCCUAAAUUUUAUUCAACUUUUCCACAGAAAUGCAACAUAAAAGGUCAGGAUAAAGGUUUACACUGUUAAAUGAUGUAGUGACUCAAGACUGCAAUAUAACUCCUCUUUUAUAUAGUCUGAGUUUGAUUUAUCCCUUGUUACCCCUUCAGGCAGCUCUGAACUCCAUGAAAUGUUAUGGGAGAAAACUUGGCCCGCUUGCUUUAUGUGGUUUAAGUAGCCAUUAUGUAGUAGUACAUAAAGAGUACAGAGAGGAAAGAGUCCUUUCAGAUCUACAGCAGUAGCAGUUUAAACAAAAUGAAAUUAAAUCUGCUUGCCUCUUCCCACUCUUACUGCUGCUUUUCAUGAAGGUGCUGGCAGCCAGUGCUGUUAUUUAACGUUCUCGGACUGUAAAGCCUGAGUGAUGCUAAUAGAUUUUGCAGUUGUGCGCUCUGUUUUGCCCUUACAGUUGGAUUCUCCAAGAAGCUCCAAAGAUCCUUAAAUGCUGUGUCUCAUUUACCCUUCUUUUAACUUGCUGUGGCAUAUCAGUGUCAAUAAAGGGAGGGUUGACUGGUUUUUUUUAGGCAUAUGCCCUGGUCUUCCAAAGAGAAGUUCUUGCAAGGGCGGUGUUUAUAUAUCUUGAUCUCUAUAUAGUCAUAGCCAACCAUGUUGAUCUGGGAGCAUGCAAAUGCCUUCUUUAUAAAGGAAUUGGGAAACCAAAUCAAAACUGCUAAUUAAGAUUUCCCUGAACUUUGGGAAGGUGUGGGUUACUCUGCAAAAGGUUUUUUUCUCAUGUAUAUGUUGCCAUGUAAUUGUUUCUUGCAAGUUCAGCCAUGCUACUUGGAAAUAAGAACAGCACAGUUCAAA